AUGUUUGUGGACAUUCACAAGGAUCACCUCAUUCAGAAUGUUACCAUGGUGAUUCCCAUAGCAUUUUACUUGAUCCGUUCUGAGAAGUACUCUGAGAUCCAUGCUGCCAGGACCAGUCAGGACCAGAUGGGACUGUUGUACGAGGCUCUCGACUAUGGAGGAAAACAGGAGGAAAAAGAAUCAGGAGGAAAAAUGCUGAAAGAAGGAAGGGUGAAAUCAGACUUUUACAGGAUUCUACUGGAUCUGGAACCUGACCUUGUCAUCGACCUGGAUGAUCUUCAAAACCUGUCUAGACAGCUGGAGAUCGUACAUCGGAGGAGACGACCCAAAGAUUCAGAUGAGGAAGACCUUUACCUUGAUGAACUCAUUCAAAACCUGCCUGAUCAGCUGGAGAAGAUCAGAGAACAGAGGGAUGAACUCAAAGAAAAACUAAGGAAAGCUGAAGAGACCAUCCAAUCCCUCUCCACCUCUCCAGGAGGUCAACAGAAAACACAGACUCCUUCCCAAAAUGAGUCAGAGAUUGAAGAGAUGGAGAUGAAGACUUUACCUGGUUCAGGGAGGAAGUCUGCUCCUGAGAAGAAGCCUUUACUGGCUGCUGGACCACAGAAGGAUGAUCUGGAUGAGCUGGAGAGGGGAGGAAGAGUUACUAUAGACAAUAACUAUAUGCUAUAGGGUUACUAUAGAGACUAUAACUAUAUGCUAUAGGGUUACUAUAGGGAGACUAUAACUAUAGAGCUGAGUUACUAUAGAGACCUGUCCCACCUAACAAUGCUGAGUUUCUGAGUAUAUAACUUGUGAUAUGAAUCUUGGUAAGACAAAGUCAUUUGAUAAACGUGUUAGUCAUUACUCUAUAAUCCACUUUCAGUAGUUAGUUCUUUACUUUUUGAAGUUUUACUACCCAUGUUUGUGUUAUGGGUUUAUAUCCAUUUCCUGGUUAUUCUAUAUAUGUUUUCCCCAUAAACAAUGUCUUUCUAAUCCCCCCCAGGAAUUGAUAGUGUUGAAUGGAAUGAUGGACUAAAGUCUCCUGUUAGAAUCUGUUACAGACCCUCUUAUGUCCAGUACCUGAUAAUCAGGUAUAUCAACCAGACCACAGGACUAAUGUCUCCUGUUAGAAUCUGUUACAGACUCUCUUAUGUCCAGUACCUGAUAAUCAGGUAUAUCAACCAGACCACAGGACUAAUGUCUCCUGUUAGAAUCUGUUACAGACCCUCUUAUGUCCAGUACCUGAUAAUCAGGUAUAUCAACCAGACCACAGGACUAAGGUCUCCUGUUAGAAUCUGUUACAGACUCUCUUAUGUCCAGUACCUGAUCAUCAGGUAUAUCAACCAGACCACAGGACUAAGGUCUCCUGUUAGAAUCUGUUACAGACUCUCUUAUGUCCAGUACCUGAUAAUCAGGUAUAUCAACCAGACCACAGGACUAAUGUCUCCUGUUAGAAUCUGUUACAGACUCUCUUAUGUCCAGUACCUGAUAAUCAGGUAUAUCAACAAGACCACAGGAGGUUGGUGGCACCUUAAUUGGGGAGGAGGGGCUCGUGGUAUUGGCUGAAGAGGAAUCAGUGGAAUGGUAUCAAAUACAUCCAACAUGUGGUUUCCAUGGUUUCCAUGUUUGAUGCCAUUCCAUUGGCUCCGUUCCAGCCAUUAUUGUGAGGCUCCUCCCCUCAGUUUCCUGUGAACAAGACUGAGUGAAAUGUUUAUAUUGUAGCUUCAACCUGUCAGCUUCUGUGAACAAGAUUAAACCAUUUAUUGAAAUGUUUAUAUUUUAGCUUCAUGUCAAUGUGCCAGUUUUUAUUUUACUUUUUAAGUGUUUAUUUUUGCUCUGCUUUUUUAGUGUCACCUUGAUUAUAUACAGAGGGAAGUUAUUGACACCCUUGCUGAAGAUUAGCAAUAAUGACUAUAUUAAAUAAAUAAAGUACUGACCUAUUGUAUGCUCAAAAUAAAUUGUCAAUUAUAAUAUUUUAAACUAAUACAAUUGCUCAGAGAAAUAUAUGUUUGUGUAAUGUAUUUUUGUUGUAAAAGGUUAGGGGUCAAAAUGAUUGACGGCCCAAAAACUACAGGAGUGUGAUGAUGUCAUUGCUAUGAAUAUAGAACCAGAUACCUUCUGACUAGUUUAUUAGACUCUUCAGGGGGGUCAAUCAUUUAGACAAUAAAUACUACUCCUUAAACUAAAUAUUAUAAUCAGAUCAAUCGUAUUAAUAUAAAAUAAUAUAAUUGACACGUUGUUGAGCAUAUGAUAGAGCUCAGUAUUUAAAUUAUUUAUUUAUACAGUCAUUAUCUUUAUCAAGGGUGUCAAUAAUUCCAGACCCACUGUAUAUUAUAUAUUGAUGUAUUUUAUACAGUCAUUAUUACCUUUAUCAAGGGUGUCUAUAAUUCCAGACCCACUGUAUAUUAUAUAUUGAUCAUGUAUAUACAGUUGAAUGGUAUUUUCCAUGUAUUGAUGAUUUCUUGUUUUAAUAAACUAGGACAUCAUUGUGUGAGAA